AUGUAUCAUGAGAACCCAUCAGCUGAGACAAUGUCUGUUGCGCUGCCAUCAUCAACUACUACAAAAAAUCGUAGAUGGCUUUCCGCAGUUCCACUGAUUGCUUUAAGCUGUCUCGGGGUAUUAUGUUUGCUAUUAGCAGCAACUAUUGUUUUAGCCUUGAUACCUGUGUAUCUACCAAAACGUGCUGGUGGAACAGUGGCAGUUCAAGCUAAUCAAAGUAAGUUAGAUACUACAUAUAUCCUAUGAUGGAUUGUAAUCAUUCCGAAAGAUUUGCGUGUCUCCUAGAGGCGUUCGGCUCACCAACUGAUAUUGUAGAACACAUCGAAAAACAGGACGAGCAGUGUUCAAGUUAUAUCUCUUCAUAAAAAGGCUGAUUAUGUCUAGUUUUCUGAUGUCGUUUCUAAAGACCUGCAGUACAAGAAGCCUUUUUUCAGCCCUCAUUUUUUUUCUAAUUAGUCACCUGUUUGUCUCGGCUAAUAUGUGUUCACCAUCCGCUGCAACUAUUACUUACUACAGUUUUACCAGAACGGCAAAGUAUAGGCUGAAAGGCAAGAAUGAUUUUUGUCCUAAAAAUGGUAUGUUUUCUGCUGAGCACUUACAGUUUCUUGCUAAUCAUAAAGUCGGCUUCACCAUCACUACUAUUGAUGACUAGGAAACAUAUAACCACCUCCAACCUUUUCAAAUUCUUGGCGGAGAAUCGAGUGAUUGAAAAUUGAAACGUAAUAUUCAAUCUGUCGGAACUUUAUACUUGUAUCCUGGGAAAAAGUCUGAAAUAAUACGACUAAUGAUAUAGUGUUCUUUGAAGUCAUUCGUGUUCAGGUUGCCCAACUCUAUCAUUAUUCAAAGAAGUUCUUUCCUCUGCUAGAUACUUCUAACACAUUUUUCAGUUUUACUGCUCAGACUAUUAAGUGAAAAUUAUUUUAUCUCACAAACAAAUUUCCUUCAAACUUUAGCAUUUGAUUUAAACAGACCUAACUUUGCUCGACGCAUCUAGAUGAGUGCUGAUGUGAACUGAUCUUUUCUAACAGAGAGAGUGUGACUUUUACUGAGCGGAUGUUGUGAAAAAGGACCAUUUUUAAAAAGCUAGUUUUGCGAAUAAGGCGUUUCUGUAAAAUUCUGAGAUUGCAGUCAUUAUCAACAGAGUGAAUUGUAU